AUGGCUUCUUUUUCGAUAGAGGAAUUUGUUGGGAAUGGGGUUCUGAAAGGACUAAUUCCAAAGCUAUUGGAAGAGGGCUGGGAUGAUGUGCCAACGUUGAAGAUCAUGAAUGUGGAGGAUAUGGAUGCCAUAAACAUGACUCAACAGCAGAAGGAUGCACUGGAAAUCAGGUCAUACCUGCACGAGCGUGCCUUGAUGCAAUAUGGAGAUGCUCUCGAGUCCAGCGGGAAAGGUUUGCCUGAGAUCCUUACCAUAGGUGCUGGAGAUCUUACUUCCCAGUUUGGUAUGAAGCGAGGCCAUAUUGCUCGUUUCAUGAACAGAACCGGUCCAUCCAGUGCAUGUGUAGAUGAUCCAAAAGCUGAUCCUUCCCCUGCAACAAAAAGAAUUAGCACACUUUCAAAGAAUAAUAGCAUUUACAAGAGUUUUCAAUCUGUAACCUCUCAAAAAUUCCCAUCAAGAACUACUUCAAUCACUGAGAAAACUCUUGAACAAUCUCUGGCGAGUUUUAAGAUUAAGGAUGGAUACGUGUUCAAAGGAAUAGUUGCCAUGGAGCCCGCUGAGCCUAGAGCAUGUGGCUGCGUACAACCUCCUGCUGUAACUGACAAAAUUGCUCCAUACUCUGCUCUCGAAAGCAUCUCAGUGCAGAAGCUGACUCCCGAGUAUAAAAUUGGAAUGGAGCAUCUGGUGAAAACCAAAACUCCUCCAAUGAAGGCUGCAGAACUAUGGCGAAAUAAACCAGCUGUGCUACUCUGCAUCCGACGUCCAGGGUGCAUCAUGUGUCGAGCUGAAGCUCACCAGUUAUAUGCCAAAAAACCACUAUUUGAUGCACUAGGAAUUCAGCUAUUUGCAGUUCUUCACGAAUAUAAGGAAUCAGAGGUAAGAGAAUUCUGGCCUAGAUAUUGGGGUGGUGCUGUUGUAUAUGAUCGUGGAAUGGAAUUCUUCAAAGCACUUGGUGGGGGCAAACUGCUGAAGGAAAAAUUUCUAUCUGGUUUUGUGUUCAACCCCCGAGCUAUAGCAAAUUACAAGCGGGCAAAAGCAAUGGGAAUACAGCAAAACUUCAAAGGAGAAGGUGAAAUAAAGGGAGGACUCUUUAUAGUUGGCAGUGGAAAAACUGGCAUUGCGUACCAGUUUAUUGAGAGAAAUUUCGGUGAUUGGGCGCCAAUAGCUGAAGUCCUUGACAUCUGUACUCAGUUGCAGAACCAAACGGAAAGUCAAGAGGAGUCCAGUAAAUCAUCAUCUCAGUUUAAAUAAGUGUUGGACCGUGCAUAUUUCAGAUUCACAAUGAAUAAAAAAAUCUACACAUUGUGAUUCCAGAGUAGGCAAUGUACUAUUUUUAUGAAUAGAACUUUUGUCACAGAUAUUGAUUGUACUAUUUUGAAUGC